AUGCCGCAGCCGUUGGCGCCCAAGGAAGCGGCGCAUUUCCGGGCUGUUAUUCGCAGCUACGAAGACAAGCAGUACAAACGCGGCCUCAAGACGGCCGACCUUAUCCUGAAAAAGCACCCCAAGCAUGGAGACACAAUGGCCAUGAAGGCCCUGAUUCUCAACAGUCAGGGAAAGACGGACGAAGCCUUUGGGCUUGCCAAGGAGGCCCUGACGGUCGACAUGAAGUCGCACAUCUGCUGGCAUGUCUACGGGCUGCUAUACAGGGCCAACAAGAACUACGAGGAAGCCAUCAAGGCCUACAAAUUCGCGCUCAAGCUGGAACCCGAGUCCCCGCAGAUUCAACGGGACCUCGCCAUCCUCCAGGUUCAGAUGCGUGACUACCAAGGCUACGUCCAGAGUCGCACUGCCAUGCUCCAGGCACGCCCGCAAUUGCGUCAGAGCUGGACGGCCCUCGCCAUCUCGCAUCAUCUCGCCGGAAACCUGACCGAGGCGGAAAACGUCCUCACCACAUACGAAGGAACAUUGAAGACGACUCCCUCCCGACACGACAUCGAGCACUCCGAGGCCAUCAUGUACAAGAACUCCCUGAUGGCGGAGCAGGGCGACUACCAGCGGGCUCUGGAUCAUUUGAGCGGUGCCGCCAAGCAAAACCUGGAUCGUCUGGCUAUCAUGGAAGCGCGGGCAGAGUAUCUCAGCAAACUGGGGCGGAAGGAAGAUGCAGCCAAAGCAUACAGGGCGCUCCUUGACCGCAAUUCGGAGCACCCUGCCUACUAUGAGAAGCUUCUGGCCGAGCUCGACAUAGCCCAGGACGAUUUGAAGGCGCGGAAGGCCAUAUACGACGAGUACGUGCAAAAGUCGCCCCGCAGCGACGCUGCCAAGCGCCUCCCUCUCGACUUUCUCCAAGGCAACGAUUUCAAGCAGGCCGCCAAGGAGUACCUGAACCUGAUGCUGAACAAGGGCGUGCCGUCCACCUUUGCCAACCUCAAGCAUCUCUACUCCAACCCUGACAAGAAGGACGCCCUGAGAGGGCUAGCCGAGGAGUAUCUGCAAUCACAGUCCACAGACUCGUCCAGCAAGGACAAGGGCGAGGCCGCUGCUCUGUACUAUCUUGCGCAACACCACAACUACCACCUAAGUCGAGAUCUGGACAAGGCAAUGGAGUACGUCGACAGAGCCAUCAAAAAAGAUGCCAACAGCGUCGACUUCCACAUGACCAAGGCCAGGGUACUGAAGCACAGUGGCAAUCUUCAAAGGGCUUCCGAGAUGAUGGACCACGCUCGCAUGUUGGACCUCAAGGACAGAUACAUCAACAGCAAAGCUGCCAAGUACCAGCUGCGCAACAACGAGAACGACAAGGCCCUGAAGACGGUUGGCAUGUUCACGCGGGCGGACACCGUGGGCGGACCACUCGCGGACCUCCUGGACAUGCAGUGCGUCUGGUAUCUGACGGAAGACGGCGAGGCAUACGCCAGACAAGGCAACAUCGGCCUGGCCCUUAAGCGGUUCCAGGCCGUUGCCAACAUAUUCGAGGUCUGGCAGGAGGACCAGUUCGACUUCCACAGCUUCUCCCUAAGGAAGGGUCAGGUCCGGGCCUACAUUGGCAUGAUGCGAUGGGAGGAUCACGUCCGGGACCACCCUUUCUACUCGAGAGCGGCCCUCGAUGCCAUUGCCAUUUACAUCAAGAUGGCAGACAAGCCCUCAGCCAACGGGGUCAACGGCAACGAGGACGUAGACUGCGAGGACGCACUGGCCAAGAAGAAGGCGGCCAAGAAGGCCAAGAAGGAGCAGCAGCGUCUGGAGCGAGAGGCAGCGGAGAAGCAAGCGAAGCAGGAUCCGAACAAGGCCAGCCAAGGCGGCGAGACGAAGAAGAAGGACGACGAUCCGUUGGGCCUAAAUCUGGCGGCGACGACAGAUCCGCUGGGCGAGGCGAUGAAGCUACUAGGCCCUCUGCUGCAAGCGUGCCCGGAAAGCAUGGAAGCGCAGACGAUGGGAUUCGAGGUCUUUAUGCGGCGCAAAAAAUAUGUGCUGGCUUUGCGCUGCCUCAACGCUGCCGUCGCGCUCGAUGCUGACUUCCCCAAGGUGGUGGAGCAAGUCGUCACCUUCCAGACAAUGCUCGACUCGGCGUCCGACCUGGCACCAAAAGUGGCCGAGGUUCUAAAGGGCGAGUUCAAGGCCAUGGGCGGGGCCAAGAAUUCGCGCGGGUACGUGGAGGAUUUCCAGGGAAGGCACAAGGGCAGCCCGCGGCACGCCUUCUCGGCCAUUGCCGCCAAGAGACGCAUGGGCGAGGACAAGGCCAAGUGCGACAAGGAAGCUGUGGGCUUGCUGGAGAUGACAGGCAUCACGGUUGACGAUGCUCUGUCGAUGUUGGAGACUCUUCAAAGUUGGAGGAGCUCAGAAGCGCAAGCUUUCAAGAAGGCGGCACGGGCAAAGUGGCCAGAGGUUACGAGGCUGGGUUGA